AAUUUGCAACCUCAAAGAAUAAUUAUAUUAUUAGUGAAGGUUGUAACAACAAUAUUCAAAGCUUUAAUAACAAAGAAAAUAUGCUUUCUAAAUCUUCAACUUUCAUAUCUUCACCUUCUAUAUCUUCGCAAUCCUCAACUAUCUGUAAAUUAGAAA